UUCUAUUUCCAUCGCCAUUCGCGUACGCUCAGGAACAAUACCGCUUAAAUUUGUAAUGCAAAGUUUUUGCAGUGUAGCUAACUACAGACAUGGAUAACCGACGAUGCCGAUGCGGCAAAAUUUUUUGUUACCCGUGUCGUACGAUCGUGGCGUAUCUGCGCUUUUUUUCCUAUUCUCACAUUGCAGGUAUUCGGUAAAGUGUUGGCAACUUUGAAACGUCAGAGGUGCCUGCGUUCAUGUUCCGUGAUCCCAGGAAUGGUCCCACCUCGACCAUCCUUCGUACAUUUAUUCCCCCACCUAUUCGAAGUCUGGGUCCUCCGGGGUUUUCCAAUAAUCGGAGUUUGUUUUCCUUGAGACCCCGGUCACGUUGCAUUGAUAUAAAUCAAGGUAGGUUUUGCGAUAAUCGUGCAGAGUUGCGAGAACCGUCGGCGUCCAGAGGUGAAAACGAGUGAGUGCAGUUUUGUCUCUGCGAAAUUUAAUUUCAACAGAGUCGACGAUGUUUUACAAAGAGAUAAGGUUUUCCGAAGAAGUUUGACAGUGCAAAUUGGUAUCGAAGACUUCCCAUCGUUCCAAUACCUGCAGAGUCGUGCAAUAGAGAUCAAACGUCUGUUAAAGUUUCUUCGAAUACGGUGACAAACUACCGAAAGCUCAUCAAUUGCUCGAUUAAAUGAUAAAUAAAUCUGAGUAAAAUCGCCAAAAAUGGGUUACGAUGACGUUAUUUCACACAUGGGAGAAUUCGGACGAUACCAACGUAGGAUAUAUUUCACUUUGUGCCUGCCAGCGAUAUGUUGCGCCUUCCACAAGAUGGGUGGAGUAUUUUUGGCGGCGAAAACAGACUUCAGAUGUAUGCUACCAAACGAGAAUCCAGAAAAUGCAACGUUCUAUCUGUCACCGGACAUCAUAAAUAUGAGAUACCCGUGGGAUAACAAAACUGAAAGCUGGUCACGGUGCGAGAGAUACGAUAACACCGAAUUUGCCGAUCAAGGUGGAAACGUAUCAAGGCAACUGACCGUAGUGGAAUGCGACUCUUUCGUGUAUGACAAAAGUCAGUACGCGCUGACGGCAACAACCGAGUGGAAUCUGGUUUGCAACAAAGGGUGGUUAAGGGCCAUCGGUGACUCAAUUUUCAUGGUUGGAGUGAUGCUGGGUUCGAUGAUUUUCGGCGGACUAUCCGACAGAUACGGUCGCCGUGCUGCCUUCUUUUCAGCAUUGAUCACGCAACUGAUCGGUGGAAUACUCGUUACCGUUUCGCCGGAGUACGUUUCGUACAUGAUCUCAAGAAUGAUAGUAGGAUCGACAACGAGUGGGGUGUUUUUAGUAGCUUACGUUAUCGCACUCGAAAUGGUUGGUCCAAAGAAGAGACUGGCAGCUGGGAUGGGAUGUCAACUAUUUUUCACAUCGGGUUACAUUCUGACAGCUGGACUUGCGUACUUUUUCACGAAUUGGAGAACGUUACAGGUAGUAUUCACCAUUCCCAGCAUCGUGUUCCUCGCUUACUGGUGGUUUAUACCUGAAUCUGCCCGAUGGCUGCUGACCAAGGGUCGAGUGGAGGACGCUAAGGAUCUGCUUCAGAACGCGUCGCUGAAGAAUGGGGUUUCACUGACUCGCGAUACUUUGGACAGUUUGAUAAACAGUGAAAGUGACACGUCAAAGCAGGAUAUUGAAAAGGCGUCGAUGUUCGAUCUCCUGAGAUAUCCAAACCUAAGGAAAAAGAGCCUGCUGCUUUUCUUCACUUGGUUCGUGAACAGCUGUACCUACUACGGACUAUCCUGGAACACUUCCAACCUCGGUGGUAACGAGUUCGUCAACUUCGGCAUUGCUGCGUCUGUGGAAGUGCCGGCCUACUUGUUCCUGCUAUUCACGUUGGACAAAUGGGGAAGAAAAGUCAUACUCUGCGGAUGCAUGCUGAUCGCUGGGAUAGCGUUGCUUCUUACGGUGUUAGUUCCUGCUGGUAUGCCAUGGUUGGUGGUAGUUUGUGCAAUGUCGGGGAAACUAGCGAUCACCUCGUCGUACGGUGCAGUCUACGUAGUAGCGGCAGAACAAUUUCCUACCGCUUUAAGAAAUAUCGGUCUCGGAGCAUGUUCGUUUUCCGCUAGAAUUGGUGGGAUAAUAGCACCAUACAUUAAUCACUUGGCUGAAGUAUGGGCACCAUUGCCACUUGUAAUUUUUGGCUCAUGCUCAUUCCUCGCCGGCCUCCUGUCACUCUACCUCCCAGAAACAUUGAACGCGAAAUUGCCUGAGUCUAUACAGGAUGGCGAACACUUUGGAAAGAAGAAAACCAGGAGUCCACAAGGCGUCGAAAAAUUGAAAGACAUUGAAGUCAUGAAGGCGUUAACAUUGCCGUCAAAGAUUGUUAUAAACGAGAAGCAAAAUACAUUGUAUUAAUCUUUUAAAUAACUCUGCUCGACAUAGCCAAACCAAAGACGAAACAAACAACAAAAUUUGAUUAUAUGACUAUUCUUGAAAUUUCCAAUAGGAGAUUGGAUUUAUACCAUAUUGCUCAAACUUGACAUGGUGGAUUACAAACACUCCUGCAGCUCGUUUCAGAAAAGUCUCAAUAUUUAUAAAGCUUGGGCUGAAACCUCAGAGCGCGAAAAAUUUCUGGAUUCGUGUUUUAAAGCAAAUGUGAUUCUAUAUUAUCUUGUAUAUUAUAGUAUCUUUUAAGAAACCCGUUGCAAUAUUAAAUACUGUAGAUAUAAGACGAUGAUUAACUAAUAAGUGUAAACGAAUAGUAUUUAGCUCUUAGAAAAUACAGUUACUCUAGCGUUACUUAGCGACAAGUAUAAAAACUAUAAAGACAGAUUGAACAUACAGACACUUGCGGAGGUUGAAACGGUUUUUAUACGCUAUAUUUUAAAAUAAACUUCCGCGAACUACACAACAUAGAGUAUCAAUAAAUGGUAGCUAUUUUUCAAUUAA